GCAGUAAAUAGGUACCUGGGAGUUAGUCAGCUGUUACGGGCUGCUUCCUGGGGGUGGAGGUCCUGGUCGAGGACCGGGCCGCGGGGACACUAAAAAAGCCCCGAAAUCAUCUCAAGAUAACCAUAGAAAGAGAGAGCACUAAAGAAAUAUAGAGUAUUCAUUGUCUCAUACACAUGAAAAUUAUUUCCUUUUAGAAUUAAUCAUGAUUGAGAAUUCAUGACAGAUAAUGUGGUUAGAAUUAAAAAUUGUAAUUGAAUAUAAAUUAACUGGCAUAAAAUCCUAAAAUUAGAUGUCUAAUUGAAGACAUUUGGAAGUUAAUGUGAAGGUUAGCCUGCACAACCCAUCCCGUAGGCUGUGAACAAAGUGCAAAUAAAACACAGUAUAAUCAUCACUAAUAUAGAUAUAUAAUAUAUUUAUAUUCAGUUCAAUUCAUGUGGCACCUUACAUUGGUUUUUCAUAUUGUGUUACAAAGAAAGUUUUUCUAGAAUAUAGAUCCAUAUUAUUGACUAUAUUAGCUAAUUUAGGAACUAUUGUCACUUAAGGGCUCUUUAAGUAGAUGAAGCAUGUCUUGAGUCACACCUUUGAUCUUAACUAGAAUAACAAAAUAUGAACUAACAUCUACUGGAAUAUUUAGUAUUUGUUCAUUUAUAAACUAUAUUGGUUUUCAGUAUCCAUAAAAUUUAACUUUAUACCCAUUUAUAUGUAGUAAUGGCUUCAGAAAUCACUUCUACAGACCAGCUUCUUGCAAUUAGCAAUAUAAAUGCUGCUAUUACCCGUUUGAAUGUUUACUUAAGAAGAUCUAUAGAAAUGCAAAUGGUAAGUCAAGCAGAAGAGAAGCCAUAUCAGUGUUCAGAGUGUCUAAGAGAGUUUUCGCGGAAAGAUAAAUUUAUACAACAUAUGAGGGUUCAUACUGGAGAGAAACCAUAUCAGUGCACUGUGUGUCAAAGAGGCUUUUCACAAAAAACUACUUUAGUACAACAUAUGAGGGUUCACACUGGAGAGAAGCCGUAUCAGUGUUCGGAGUGCCAGAAAGAGUUCACUGUGAAAUCAGCUCUAGUAAGACAUAAGAGAAUUCAUACAGGAGAAAAACCAUAUCAGUGUUCAGUGUGUCAAAAGGGCUUUUCGCAAAAAGCUACUCAAGUACAACAUAUGAGGGUUCAUACAGGAGAAAGACCAUAUCAGUGUUCAGAGUGCCCAAAAGAGUUCACAGUAAAAUCAGCUCUAGUAAAACACAUGAAAGUUCAUUCAGGAGAGAAACCAUAUCAAUGUUCACAGUGCCUGGAAAAUUUUGCCAUGAAAUCUGAUCUAGCAAAACAUAAGAAAGUUCAUAAAGAAGAAAAACCACAUCAGUGCUCGAUAUGUUUAAAAGACUUUCCACGACAACAAAAUUUAAUAGUGCACAUGAGAGUUCACACAGGAGAGAAACCUUAUCAGUGUCCAGUGUGUCAGACCUGCUUUUCACAAAAAAAAAGUCUAGAAGCACACAUGAGAGUUCAUACAGGAGAGAAGCCAUAUAGUUGUUCAGUGUGCUUGAAAGAGUUUACCGUGAAAUCAGCUCUAGUAAGACAUGAGAGAAUUCAUACCGGAGAAAAACCAUUUCGAUGUUCAGUAUGUUUAAAAGACUUUUCACGAAGGCAAGGUCUAGUAGCGCACAUGAUACUGGAAAGAAACCAUACCAAUUUAAGGGGCAUGAAAGACAUAAAAAAAAAUUACUCUGGUAAAAUGUAGUUGAGUUCAUUCAAGAUAAAUAUUUUAAUAUU